AUGGACGGCCUCGAGUCCAUACCAGAGGAUAGCCUAGCAUGCGAUCGGGGGCGAUCACCUCUUCGUGACCAUAGACGACCUUCGAACACUAGCAGCCUGCAUCUUCGGAUUCCAGGAAUGGCAUCCCCGGCGGAGAUUGCAAUGGCUGCCAUGCAAUACCUGCCUUAUCCAUUAAUGGUGCUCAAUAGCAUGAAAACCAUCGUCAUGGCAAAUGAGUCCAUGGGUAGGCUACUUGGAAUCGGAGACGACGGUGCUACAAGAGAUGAUGAGAUGUCGGUGCUGGACAGACUCCGGGGCAAGACAUUAAGCCAGAUGGGAAUCGAUAUGCUUCAAGACGGCAGGCCUAUAUGGGUCAGUUGGGAUUCGUUUUUGGAUGCCAUCGGCGACGAGAAAGGUGGCAUAGGAGAUGAAUCAAGUAUUCCGGAAGUCACGCUUGACGAUGAAGACGAAACCCCAACUGAAGAGCCAUCGAGGAAGUCAUCUGCAGACAGCAACAAUUCAGUUGUUCAUGACGCUGUCAUCGAAGUGGUCAUUUUACCACCGGAUAUUGUGGCAUCAUCACCCUUUGAAGAAAGGAGUGGUACAGCCAUGGCGUGCAAGCAUACAUUUGCCAAAAUGGUCAUUACUGUAUGGGAGCUAGAUGGCGAGAAAUACUUCACGUUGACGUUUACAAGUACGGAAUCGAACCAGACGACAUCACGAGGAUCUAGGCAGGUUUCUAAAGCCAGCAAGAAACAUUCUUCAGCGUCUGCAUCGCCUGCACCUUCUAGCACGUCUUCAAUGAGUUCCAGGCGCAGUUCAGCCUAUGGUGGAACUAGUACAUCGUCUUCACUUACGAGCCCUACGAACGCUUCCAUGUCGAUCAGUCCUUUCCCGCCGCUGGGUCCACCGUCCCGAUCUCUUUCUAAUGAGCCAUCAAUUCUGCAGAAGGUUCACAUAAUGAAGGAUGCUCUCCUGGAUAGCACAGAGGUUCCAAUUAUAGCGAUGUGGAAGGACCAGAGCAUGAGCUUUCCGAACAAAGCAGUUCGGCGACUACUCCAGCCAGCUGCUGCUGAUUCAAUAGAUCUCACGGGCGGGUUCGAUCUGCUAUCACAAUGGCAUUUAUGGAAUGAGAAUUUUACAGACCGACUAGAGCCGUCGGAAUACCCCCUUUCAGUGUUGCUCAGGACGCAAACAGGGUUCGAGAGUCGCAAGUUGGGAUUUAUCCAUCCUGAAACCGGGCGCAAACUCGUUCUAGAUUGUCUGGGGGAAGCCAUCAGAGACAAGGAUACUGGAGAAUUCUUGGCCGGUAUGGUUACAUGCAGAGAUAUUACCAGCAUGACAGAACAGAUCCAGGAGUUGAAAGAGAAGGAUGAACAACGGUUUCAGCUUAUUUGCGAUAGUAUGCCACAGAUGAUCUGGACGACCACCGCUGAUGGAACGCACGAUUGGUUUUCUGGGCGAUGGUAUGAAUAUACGGGGUUGACACAUGAACAAUCCGUCGGAAAUGGAUGGCAACAACCCUUCCAUCCAGAUGACUGGGCAGUGGCCGAAAAGAAUUGGUUGAAUUCUCUGAAGACAGGAGAACCGUAUGCCACGGAGUAUCGCUGCCGAAGUAAAGAAGGUCAAUUAAGAUGGAUGUUGGGCCGUGCUCUCCCUAUGAAGAACAGGCAAACUGGCGCUAUUGAGAAGUGGUUUGGGACCUGCACUGACAUCCACGAGACAGUAGAAUCAAGGUUGGCAGCAAAGAGACUACGGCAACAACUUCUAUAUGUGAUAGCCCACGCCCAAGUUACUCUUUUCUCUGUUGAUAGAAAUCGGAAGUUGACCCUACUCGAGGGUUCCUUCAUCUGGGACCUGGAAAGCAAUGGCUCUUCGGGUGAUAAGAGCGCGUAUAGCAAGAUCACCCAAGGCGAUAAAUAUAUCGGCAAAAACAUCUAUGAGGUGUUUAUAGCCGGCAAUAAUAACGGCAAAAAGUUCGUGGAAAAGAUUGAGGAUAUUCUUACUGGCAAGGCAUUGGAAGAUGUGUACGAGGGCUGCAUUCACAAUCGAUGGUAUAAGAUUCGAUUUGUCGCGGUCCUGGGCAAGAAAGGCGCAGGGGGCAAGGAGAACGAGACCUCUAUCGAUGGCGUUAUUGGGGUAUCGAUAGACAUUACGGAAGUCAAAAAUAAGGAAGAGUCACUGCAGGCGCAAGAGAAGGAGAACACAAGACUGAUGGCAAACGCCGCAGCUGCCAAAGAAGCCAGUCGAUUGAAGAGCCAGUUCCUUGCCAAUAUGUCUCAUGAGAUCCGGACACCCAUUGCAGGCAUCAUAGGGAUGGCUGAGCUCCUUGCAGAUAUGAACCUGGAUAAGGAGCAGCGGGAAUGCGCCGAGAAUAUCCAGCACUCUGCCAACGGGCUCCUAACGGUUAUCAACGACAUCCUUGAUUUCUCCAAAGUCGAGAGUGGCCGUUUGGAUAUCGAGGAGGUGCAGUUCUCUCUUAGUGUCGUCGUACGUGACGUGAGCAAGAUGCUGAGAUUUGCUGCGGAGAGAAAGGAGCUCGCCUUCGAAUCCGAGGUCGAGAUUGGAGUUGGUCAUGAUCUGAUUGUCAUGGGCGACCCCGGACGAGUUCGACAGAUUAUCACCAACCUCUUGACUAACAGCAUCAAGUUCACUAGCGAAGGCCGGGUCAGAUUCUCGGUGCUGAAAGAGAAGGAGACAGAGGACAUGAUCGAGAUCAAAUUCGUCGUCGAGGAUACAGGUAUCGGGAUCGAAGAAGAAGUCCAGAAAUACCUCUUCCAGCCCUUCAGCCAGGCCGAUUCCUCAACGGCGCGACGCUUUGGCGGCACGGGGCUCGGUUUGACGAUCAGCAAGAAUCUCGUGGAUCUCAUGCACGGGCGGAUCAACUUGGAGUCGUCUCUGGGGAAUGGCACUCGAGCGACGUUCUGGAUCCCCUUCAACAAACCGCACUAUCACGGCGCCCAAGCCACUCCGAUUGAUUUCAGUAGCCUGCCGGAUAGGCUGCAGUCCGAGAGGAGCGUGUCGUGCAAUAGUGGUUCCGAGUAUGACCCCAUCGCGGGCACGUCUCCUUUGCCGAGCCCCCUGAGUGGGAAUAGGGGCCAACAGAUCCCAAGAUCGGUUGCCGCGACGUCUGUACCAGCGGACUCGGAUCUUCCCCCGGAUGAGAGAGCGAAGAUCAACAUUCUUCUUGUAGAAGAUAACGCCAUCAACCAACAAAUCGCCCUCAAGACCAUCCGCAAGCUCGGCUUCUCCGUUACGGCCGUCUGGAACGGCAAAGAAGCCCUAGACUACCUCGUCACCGCGGAGUCGCCCAACUCCCCGCACCCCAGACCCGACAUCAUCCUCAUGGAUGUGCAGAUGCCAGUCAUCGACGGCUACCGGGCGACGCACCUCAUCCGACACCACGCGCCCUACAAGCUCCUCUUCCGCGAGAUCCCCAUCGUUGCCAUGACCGCAUCCGCCAUCCAAGGCGACCGCGAGAAAUGCAUGAAAGCCGGUAUGGACGACUACCUCGCCAAGCCCGUCAAAGGCAAGAUCCUCGAGCAGAUGCUCGUCCGCUGGGUUCUGUCCCGCCGCCGCGGCGCCCGCACCCCCGCCCACAGCGACUACUCCGGCAGCGAUUGUCCCGAGCCGUCUGAGGCCAAUUGCCAACUCGCCUCCACCAUCACCAGCACCAACGCCACCGUCCCCGCCAGUGGCACCGCGACGCCCCGACCCCCGAACUCCCACAACCACCACCUAACAUCCUUCUGCGCGUCUUCAGAAAGCGACCGCGUGGCGCGGCGCGAACAAGCAGAAGAGCGCGCGCUCGCGCUCCGCGCUAAGAAACUCGUCGACGCGGCAGGUCCGCCAACACGCACGACGCAACUCCCCACCCCUCCUGCCCACGAGCUAACCUUCGAGAAUGUGGGACGACUGGAGAGGGAAUCUUCUGUUGUAUCUGCAGCUGCGGGGGAGGCGGAGCCGGAGCCGGAGGCAGAGGAAGGAACGACGAGUCCUACGGGUGCGGAGCGUGGUGAGGAGGAAGAGGAUGAGGAUGAGGAUAGCUAUAUCAAUUCACGAUCCGGAUCCGGAUCAGAAAAUCCCGGAAGACAAGAAAACGAGAAAAAAGAAAGACCGCGGUUAGAAAGAAGAACGCAGGAUAGCGAAAUGACGAUUACGGGGGCUAGAAGAUAG